AUGGCCGAUUACUCAGAGACACACGAUGACCAUGAUGGAUAUAUUGAAAACCGAGAUGACAUUCGAUUGAAAGAGACUGGGUCCGAUGACAUCGCAGAUGACGAGAAGGAAUAUCCACCCACAGCAAAGUUGAUUCCUAUUCUCAUAGGUUUGUGCUUUCAGUCUUUUUGUAUCGCACUGGAUAACACCAUCCUCGCAACGGCAGUACCGAAAAUCACUGAGCAGUUCAAUUCCCUCAAGGACCUUUCUUGGUAUGCGAGCGCGUAUCUAUUGACGACAUGUGCAGUGACUCUUCCCUUCGGCAAAAUUUACACCUACUACUCGACCAAAUGGACGUAUAUGAUCGCCCUUGCGCUUUUCGAGAUAGGGUCAUUGACAUGUGCUGUGACACCCAGCUCGAAGGGUCUGAUAUUGGGAAGGGCCAUUGCUGGAAUCGGAUCGGGUGGGUUGUCCCCAGGCGCUUUGUUAGUGUUGGCCAACAGCUUGCCACUUCACCGACGGGCACUAUACUUUGGAAUUAUUGGCAGUACUAGUGGAAUUGCGACGGUGACAGGACCAUUAUUGGGUGGACUUUUGACUGACAAGGUCAGCUGGAGAUGGUGCUUUUACGUUAAUCUUCCUCUCGGCGCGAUCACUGCGACUUUUAUUAUGCUUUUCUUCAAAGACUCGCCUACUCAAACCAAACCCGAGCCCGGUAAAUUGAACAAACUAAAGAGGAUGGACCCAAUUGGAAUUAUCACGUUCAUUCCGGCCAUUAUUUGCAUCCUGCUGGCUCUUCAGUGGGGAGGCACUAGAUACGAAUGGUCCAACGCGCGAAUCAUCGCACUGUUUGUGCUUUUUGGUGUCUUCGGGUCUACAUGGUGCGCCGUUCAAAUCUGGAAACAGGAAGAAGCAACGGUUCCGCCUCGACUUCUCAAGAAUCGCAAUGUUCUUGGCGCCGUAAUUCAUGCCAUGUUCCUGGGAGGGUCAUUCUUUGUAUUCGGUUACUAUCUUCCCAUCUGGUUUCAAGCUAUCAAAGAGGACUCGGCAUCAGAGUCCGGAGUCAACAACCUUCCCAUGGUCAUAUCAAUGAUUGUCUGCUCAGCAGUCGGUGGAUUGCUCGUGAAUCUCAUUGGAUAUUACACACCCCUAAUGUUCUUCGGAAGCGCCCUUUUGACGAUUGGAUCAGGACUUUGCACCACUUUCAAAGUCAAUACUGGGAGCGGUCUAUGGAUUGCAUAUCAGAUAGUAAUAGGCAUGGGCGCAGGAGUCGGAUUCCAACAUCGGCAUCGCAAUUAUCACCUUCGCUCAGAGUCUGAGCGGGCGCUGUUCAUAUCAAUCGCUCAAAAUGUCUUUCAAAAUCGACUUGUCGCCAAUUUGAGACAAGUCGCGCCUAAUGUCAAUCCGGCGGCCAUCAUUCAAGCUGGGGCAGCGAACCUGGCUGAUCGACUUCCGACAGAUAUUCUCCCAACAGUUCUCUACGCAUACAACAUCGCCGUCACUCAGACUUUCUUUGUGUCUGUAGCUACCGCCGCACUUUCCUUCAUCGGAGCUGGACUCGUGGAGUGGAAGUCCAUGAGACGAACCAAGAAAUGCGAUUGA